ACAGUGUAACAGGUUGAGUGACAGGCGUCCCACUGCGCAUGUACAGCAUCAUCGCUUCUCUUCAGGAGGGCGUGAUUAUUCACCGUUCAAACCCUAUUCAUUGUGCUUCUAAAAGGAAGAAAUAAUAUAUAACUUACUAACUAAUUAUUAGCAAUGUAAGGUAAGCCUAUGCUCAUUCGGAGAGGUUGCAGAUACAGGUAAGAGGGAUGACAGCAGGUGCCCGGAUUUUGGUCAGGUAACCCCGGGCCGCGAAUUUUUUUUUUGCAGGGUGGUAGCGGGAAGCUCAUCCCUGAUUGGCUGGGACUUGUUGGCUGGGACUUGGCUCGCUGGGACUUUGUCAGAGGGCUUGUGUGAAAAUCACGAACGCAAAUGAAUUAAACGUUGUUAUAAAUCAACACGAAUAAUGUGACACAUGAUACCCACCAACUACACGGCAACUCUAUAGCUACCUUGGCUUUCAGUAAGUACAAACGUUAGAUCACUUCACUCGUCUAAAAGCCCCUGUGAAACUGUUAUGUGUCACGGGGGCUACUGUAGUAAACCCUUUUUGUAUUUAUUAUAUUUUAUAACGUUAUGUAUAGCGCAUCGGCAAAUGAAUUAAACGUUGUUAUAAAUUAACACGAAUCAUUUUAGCAAUAAUGUGACACAUGAUACCCACCUACUAUACGGCAACUCUAUCCUUUCUGUAAGUACAAACGUUAGCUCACUCGUCUAAAAGCCCCUGUGAAACUGUUAUGUGUCACAGCCUGGGCUACUGUAGUAAAUCAUUUUUUUUUUUUAUUAUAUUUUAUAACGUUAUGUAUAGCGCAUCGCAUUGCUUUCGGCAGCUGGUGAUUGUUUCCAAGUUUUUUUUUUCUAAUUGUUGUCCAUCCAUGUCUUGAUAUUUCCAUUAAGAUUCCAUUCUGUUCUGUUUCUAGAAGUAGUGAGCAUAAUGGCAGGAUUUAUUAAAGCUUGCAACAUUUGCCAGACCCAUGUCAACUUUGAGGAGAUGGAGCUGCUGGAGGUUAGGUGUAGAAGAUGGAUAAGAAUAAACCGUAUGAUUUCUGAUAUUUGUUCAUAGUGGUUCUGCCACACCCCACAACCAAUUACAUUAUAGAAAGAAGGGCCAUAAAAUCGCGUAGGGCUAAAUUAAUUUUAAUAUUGAUUUUCACCUAUCAAUCCACCUACUACACGGCAAUAUAGCUAGCUACCGUUCUGUAAGUGCCAAAACAAACGUUAGCUCUUAAUGCUAACUCGUCAAAAACAACUACUGUAGGCCUAUAACAUGUGUCACACUAUUGAUACAAUGAUUUGUGUUGAUUUAUAACAACGUUUCAUUUAUUUGCGUUCGUGAUUUUCACAAGCCCUCUGUUUUCAAAAGCCCUCUGACAAAGUCCCUGCGAGCCAAGUCCCAGCCAAUGAGGGAUGAGUUCCCUCACGAAUAUUCACGAGCUUCCCGCUACCACCCUGCAAAAAAUAAACUCGCGAGGAGGCGGGGUCAGAGGUAUGGAAGCCCAUUCCCGCCACAGGAAAAAAAAAAAACACCACAAACUAUCUCAUAAUUAUGAGAUUAAAAGUCAUAAUAACGAGAUUUAAAGUCAUAAUUACGAGAUUUAAAGUCAUAAUUACGAGAUUAAAAGUCAUAAUUACGAGAUUAAAAGUCAUAAUUACGAGAUUUAAAGUCAUAAUUAUGAGAUUUAAAGUCAUAAUAACGAGAUAAAAAAGUCAUAAUUAUGAGAUUUAAAGUCAUAAUAACGAGAUAAAAAAGUCAUAAUAAUGAGAUUUAAAGUCAUAAUUACGAGAUUUUCGACGGUUAGCCUGCCCCCUGACCUCACUUCCUUCAAGUUCGAAAUCGGCACGACAGAGCGGCACGCGCUACUAGGCUACCAGUCGGCGCCAUCAUUUCGGACCUGAGGCUGAUGAACCUGCAAGUCAUCACUUCUCUCGGUCAUCCUCCUAUUCGCAAGGCGAAACAGCAAGGAUGGAUGAGUUGUGCGAGUUCUUGAGGUCGCGGAAUGUACCAGAAGAAAACAUAAAGCAACUGGAAAACGAUAAGAUCGAUCCCAAUGUCCUCCUGCUCAUGAACGACGACCAGUUAACCGAGUAUCUACCAUCAUAUGGAGACCGACUGGCUGUCCUUGGAUAUUGCAGAUUGAAGGGGAAGAAUCCUGUUGCCCGCAAAUCAAAACUUUUUGAGCGACUGAAAGCCAAGUUAGCAAAAAGUGACGAUCGUGAACACUUGUCUGAGAAGUUACCAUGUCAAAAUGCUCAGAAGAAAGAGCGUAAAAUUGAAAUUGGCUGGUUGAAUUUCCGUGACGGGAAAUUCUUACAAAUGAGGGCCAAAAAGGGGGGCGGGACCAGGAAAAUCUCUGUGUCCAAGAAUUGUUGUAAAGAUCAGUUAAUUGAACAGGCCAAAAACCUGUUUUUCCCUGGUCAGAAAAAUGCAGAAGGAAAUGUUCAAGAUUUUGCGAUUGAACUAACUGAUUUUCAGGAGCGCCCGUUAGAUCCCCUGACUACAGUUGGGGAUCUUUAUGAAGUAACAAAGCUGCCCAUUUUACGCUUUUACUUAGCAACAACCAAGAGGGAUGGUUGCAGUGAGAAUCAGCUUGCAGCCUCACCCAACCCCCCUAGGCCUAGUUUACCUCUAGCUGAAGGUCAGGAAACCGCAGAUGUGGUAUAUGCUAGUAGCAGCAAUGUCCUGUCUGAUACAAACAGUGAUCCUGAGCCCUUCGAUUGCUCCACUGUUGAAAUGACAGAUUGGGCUAGUGUGAGCGAAGUUGAUGCCGCCAAUGCUGUAGAUGACUUUGAGAAUAGUGGCACAGUUACCUUUUUCCAAGGACACCUACAUGAUCUGGACUGGGUUAGCCUUGAUGAUACCUUACAAACGUCUCCUCGGGCAUCAAGUUCAUCUACUCCGACCCUAGAUAUUGCUCAUGUGCCCAUUGAUCAGAGUGAAAGAACAAAGAGAAUAAUUGUUGUUCACCGUGGGCAGAUCCUGAGAGAACUAAUCACACAUUUUUUGGACGCGAGUGUCAUGCGAGAUGAUGUUUUCAUCCAAGUAAUUCUUCCCAAUGGAAGUUUGGAAAUGGCAGUUGAUGAAGGUGGCGUGUUAAGGGAUGUGCUAACUGAAUUUUGGCUGGACUUUUAUGAGCAAUGCACUUUAGGAAAUGCUUUCAAGGUGCCUUUUCUACGCCAUGAUUUUGGUAAGCAGCAGUGGGAAAGCAUUGGCAGAAUAAUAGCAAUGGGUUGGCAAAAAGAGAAGUACCUGCCUAUAAAAAUAGCCCCAGUAAUUUUGGAGAAAGUUGCCCUGGGAAGUGUGAAGAGUAGUCUUGUUGACUGCUUCCUGAAAUAUGUCACAGAGUCAGAGAGAUUGGUGUUUGAAUCCUGCCGUUCAGAUUUUGAAAGUGUGGAUCAGGAAGAAUUGAUUGAAGUAAUGGAUCUCCACAGCUGUCGAAGAAUGCCAACCGCUGAUAAUAUUGAACAGCUCUUGGAGGAGCUUGCCCACCAAAAGCUGGUUCAAGAACCCGCCUUUGUCCUAGAGCAGUGGAGCAAGGUGCUUGCACCCUUUAGGUCAGAUUUGGAAGGCAUUUCAGAAGCGUAUGUAAAUCUUCAUCCAACACUGAGGAAGGUGAUUAGGUCUAUCUCUUACCCCACUACUAUGAACGACCAGCAGAAGAACAUAGGAAAGCAUCUUAGCACUUACCUUAGAGAAUCUGACGCACAGCACCUGUCUCUAUUCCUUCGGUUUUGCACUGGCUCUGAUUUGUUUCUUGGUAAGACCAUUACUUUGAGCUUCACGAAUUUGCAAGGUAUGCAGAGACGGCCCAUCGCCCACACAUGUGGAUGCUACUUGGAGUUGCCAAUUGAUUAUGACAAUUACCCGGAUUUCAGACACGAAAUGAACAAAGUAUUGGAGAGUGGUGUGUGGGCAAUGGACAUAGUUUAGUUGAUUCAGCUGCCAUCAGCAGCCUCCUCAUGUCAAGAUGAUUUAAUGCAAUAUGUAAUAUGUAAAUAUGAAAUUAUAUAAUGUACUGAUGUAUUAAUGUAAUGAGAUUUAAUGUACAUAUUUUGAUAUGUUGGAUUAUGUAAAUAUGUUAUUAUAUGUACUGUUGUAUUAAUGAAAUGUCUUGAAGUCAUCCCGACCAAUACAUAGUUUAGCAGAUUCAGAUGCCAUCAACAGCCUCUUCAUGUCGAGAUUACUUAAUUUUAUGAUUUUGAGAUGCUGGAUUAUAUGUAAAUAGGAAAUUAUAUAAUGUAAUGUGAUUUAAUGUAGAGACUUUGAGAUGCUAGAUUAUAUUUAAUGUGUAAAUAUUUAAUUAUAUAAUGAACUAUUGUAUUAAUGUAAUGUAUUAAAGUUAUCACCACCAAUACAUCGUUUAGCCGUUUCAGCUGCCAUCAGCAGCUUAUAUAUAUCCCCAGCAAUACUUAUGUUGUUUUCUAAAGCUGUUUUAUGGGAAGAUAAUAAAAUAAUAAAAGUUCAUUAAAUUGUGGCUAACUGUUUAGUUAUUUCCCAAUAAUCAAUAUUGACGCAUGAUUAAUAUAUUAAGUAUAAUGUUUAUAUCAAAUAUAUUUAUUUUUGCAGUAGAAAUGUCAACUUAAUGUUAAAGACACUACAACGAUUGGAAAAAAGGGGUUAAGACACACAGUAUAUUGUUAGGCUUGUAUUGUUGCAGAACCAGUUAAAGCCUACUCUAGUUACAAAUAGGUGCAAGUUAAGUUUUGCUAAAUGAGCUGCAGUAGGCCUAAUGCUGAAUUAGGCCUACUGCAGCUCAU